AAUUUCAUUAUUCUGAUAUUGUGACGAUGUAGCCCGUGCCGGUGGCUGGGUGGUACAUAUUCGAUGUACAUUGAAUCAUCGUUCUUUUCUAUUAAAAACACAACACUCUUUUGGUGGGACUGUUUCACUGGAAAACUUUUAAUGACUGGAUUUCCUGGCUAGGCUUUAAUAGUUCAUAAUUCAUAACUGCUCUGCGGAAUUAUCGUCACUUUGACAUAUUAUUCACAGAUUGAUUGGUUGAACAUCUUUAAAAGAUGAAGUCAAUCCUCUGUUUCCCCCUGCUUCUCUUACUGGUGUGUUUCACUCGAAAAGUGUAUUCGAGUCACAUUGAAGAGACUGGUAUGAGCGAUGUAGAGAUGGAGCGAAGAAGGACCUACUGUAUCCGGAUCUCACGUGUUAGUAAGAGAGAUACCCUUGAACUACGCCCUGUUCAUUGCGCAUCAGGCUUCGAGUUCUGUUUCACAUCUACCACUUGUUGCUGUGAGAAAAUUCCAGAGAAAAGGAAUUCCAAGGCGUUAGCCAUUGGUCUAGGAGUUGGUGGGGUUUUUCUCUCUCUUGUCAUCUUCCUCGCUUUCUAUAUGUGUAUGAGAAGACCAAUGAGGAGUGUUCCUCCUCCUCCUGGCACCGCUGACCGUCGAUCGACCAGCAAACCUCCAUUUUCAGAUACAAGUAGUAGACAGAACUACACAUCUAAAUAUGGCUCUUCCCCUUCAUCUUAUUACGGAGACCCGUCGGAGAAGUACGGACCGCCGUCGACGAGGUACGGAUACGCUCCGGGGGCCAUGGAUGGUGAAAGUCUGGACGGUUUCGAUGUAGGGAAAGUGGCGCCGUUAUCCAUAUCGGGCAAUCUCCCUCCACCAGCUUACAGCGAGCAUUCGUUUGCUGUCGGACCCGGUCCGGCUGGACCAGUGGUACUCUACAAACCUGGACGAGGGAGUGACUUGAGUUCACGCGGCUACAGUAAACGUUCUUCUCGACCAUCAUCCGUCACUUCUUGGCUUAAAACACAAGAGGGCGCCCACUCUCAACCUCCUCGUCACUCCUCUGUUGGCAGCGAACGUUCGGUGGUGAGGAACUCCCGUCCUGCCAGCCGUGCGAGCAGCGUCAUCAACGAGGGUUUCGAACCCGAGGGCGACCAGCGCAGCCAGUUGAAGACGUCACCGAGUGUACGAUCUAACGGUGGUUCGACCGUGGCGGCGAGUGAGGUCAUCUAUAACUCAGUAGGGGCUAUGUCCAAGGCUGACCGAGCCUCGACGGUACACGACGCUUAGCUGAAAAAAAAUAGGGGCCAACUACUAUUAUUUGGACAUGUUUGAUGAUGUUUAUGAAAAGUUGAUACAAAGUGGUGUAAAUAUUCUUAAUCAUUGGGCUUAUCAUUGGAGGCCCCAAUAUACACUCUGAAAAAAAAAUCUAUUUAAGCUUUAUCUUUUCAAAGGGGUACUUGCGGAAACAAAAUAUUAAUGGGAUGGUCCAGGCUGACGAUAUUUAUAUCUCAAUAAAUUGAGUAAAAUUCACAAAGCAAUAUGUUCUUUUGUAUUUUAUUAUAUGAAAUUAGGUUUAUUCAAAAUUGUUUUACCAAUAACUAAAACAAUUGGAUUGACAACUGAUGAAGUGCAUUAGUUAUUUAUUGCUGCAACUUAUUUCAUCAUAAAGGAGACACAUCAUUUACACAAUGAAAAAAUGAAACAAUUAUGAUUUCAUGUAAUAACAUAAGAAAAGGGAAAUUGGGGAUGUGACAUCAUCAGCCCACCUAAUGAAUAUUCAUAAAGACAUGCCUAGAACUGUUUCACCGGAAUAAUGCAAAUCUUUAAAAUUAAAAAACUUAAUUAUUUGAUAUCAAAUUUUGAUAAAAUUUCAAACAUUUUGUUUUGUGAAUUUUACUCUAUUUAUUUCGAUAUAGAUAUCUUCAGCCCGGAGUAUCCCUUUAAGAAAGAUACAAGAUUCUUGUCAAAAGAGUUGAUUCUAAUCGUUCAAAUGACAAGACAUUUGUCUUUGUGACAAGAAACUUUCUUUUUUUAUUAUUAAUUCUAUGAAAUGCUACAAUGAUAAAAUAAUCUAUUUGAAUUUGAAUAUUGAGUGUACAGGAUGUAGGCUACGCAUGUGCAGUGAUUUUUUUUGAGAGAGAGAAUUUUGUCAUAUAGUGAACAUACUGAAAUGGGAACAAAAUCGCUGACGGUUUGGAGGUGGGAGACAACAAUCUUUCAUAGGCAGCUGUUCAAAUUCAAAAUUUUAGGGGGACAAUUCCCCCGCUAAUGCACGUACGGCAUGAAAAAAUCGGUGUGAUGAUGUUGGAUAUCAAUUCAUCUUUUCCUUUUUGAAAUCCCUCAAUUUCCGAUGGUUUUUUUUUCUUUCACUUCAUAAUAUUUAGAAAAAAUUGUAUAUACCAGGCUAGAAUUGCUUCAGGGUCGAUUGUGAUAAUAUUGACUCGGUAGUAUCAUAUUCGAAUUUCAUUUUCAUGCCUAUUUUGUUGAACAGUACUAAAUAGAAGUAAAGUAAGAAAUAUAUUUAUGUUAAGACUGUAUGUAAUUCUAUGAUAUUGAAUAUAAUGCUGUUUUCAAUGCUUUAGUUUUAUCAUCAUCUUUGUAUGAUACAGCUUUAAUAUUGAAUACAGCGUUUACUAUCAGAAAAUCUUUAAAUUGACAUGAAACAUAAAUGUAUAUACGAUAUAUUAUAUCUUUGAUGUUUCAUUUGAUAAUAAAGUCGAUCUGUUAUGAUGGUGAAAUGACAACAUUGAUUUAGUUUACUUUGGAUGGCGUUAUUCUUUCGUUAUACGGCUUGUUCGAUUAGAUAAUUAUGAACAAAGAACACAGGAGAUAAGCCAUGUGAGAAUCGAAUUGAGAGAGUGGAUAGAUAAAUCAAUUAUAAAAUACAUGCUAUAAUUUGUUCAUCUGCAUUAUUUUGAGAUGAAAUAAGAUAGUAUCACAACCAUGGGAAUUCGUUCGGAUUGAAAACAAAUAAAGCUCGUUUGACAAUAACAGUAUACGUGACAAAUAUAAACAUCAGCAAUUCUUUUUAUUUGUUGCCGCUUCCUGAACUAUUGUUUUCGUAUUGAUUUCAAGGUACAGUGUUGUAUAAUAAUAAUACAAUUGGGGGAGGGUGCUGAGGGUUUGCUGGAUACGACAUACCGCUUUGAUAACAAAUUGUUAGAAAAAAAUCGAAUAGAUAAUUAAUUUUGUGAUAGAUUUGCCAUGUAAAAAAAGUCAAAUCAGUGAGUUACUCCAGGAAAAUUCUUUGAAAAAUAAUAUGAAUUUGACAAUGCAAUACAACGACCCAAGCUCAAAUAUCACUUGUAUGGUAAUUUUGGGAGGGGUAUAGUACGUCAGUGUGUUUCAUUUUCUAAAAGAGGUGUAUUCGAACUGUGAUAAUUCCAACGAGUGUUAGCGGCUUAUAGACCUGGGGCCCGUUUCAUAAAGGACUUGCAACUGUUGUAACUUUGCCAUUAUGGCAGCUACCAUGGAAUCCUUGAUUUUGAUUGGCUGCUGAACCCUGUUACCAUGGUAGUUGCCAUAAUGACAAAGUUACAACAGUUGCAACUCUUUUAUGAAACGGGCCCCAGAUAACAAGAUGCUUAAGUUUACCCGAGUGUAUCAAUAAAUGGUCAAUAUAUCCGUACUCAAUUAUUGUAAGAUACUAAAUUCAAAUUAAUCGCAAAUUUGCAAUUGAUCGAUAUGGAACUGAGCUUUAUGUCAAUAUUUACACUUCUGCAGGCUUUUAUGUUGUCUCGAAUAAACUCUGAUCGAAAUUCCCAUCAAAGUUGCCCAUGCACAAAAGUUUGGAUAUUUGUCAAGGAAACAAGUCGAUUAUUUGCUGACAGUUGAACAUUGUAAUGUUUUUCAAAUAAUAAAAACAAAUUUUAAUCACCAUGUGUCCAUU